AUGCCCGGCUUUCCAGCAGGGAGCCGCUGCUACGCUGCGGCAGAGAUGAGCACGGGCGUGCUCAAGAGGUCUGCCAGCCUUAAACCGGGCGAGCAGUGCAGCACCGGCGUGGCGCACCUAACCGGCUGCACCACCACGGACAUCAUCAGCCGCACGGGCGUCUCCGCCACGCACCGGUGGGAGAGCAUCUCGUUCGACCCGGACGACCAACCUCUCGCGAGGACGGGCCCGACGACGUCGGGUAUCCGGAGCCGUGGCAGCGAAUCCGUGACAGCGAAUCCGUGGCAGCGAAUCCGUGAUGCGGUCGGCGACAUCAUGCCGGCGCUCAAGGACCCGAGCCGCUGGGCGGACUGCCCCUACGUCGCGCUUGACAACACCGACCCCAGGUUGAAUGCCCGGUCGGGCACCAACGGCAAGAACGAGACUGGAGGUUACUAA